GCCUGCGCACACCCUCGCGGGUCACGUGCCCGCGCCGUCUGGGGCCUGGGGACACCCCGAGGCUGUCGGGGUGCAGCCGAGGGCGAAGGCGCCGCAACCUUUCCCCGCUGAGGGCAGGUCCGGAUAGGCGCCCCGCCUCCGGUCGGAAACGCCCCCUCUUCCUCCUCGGCGGGCCGGGCGCGGCCGAGCGCCGGGCCUGCUCGCGGACAUGGCCCGCCGUAAGGAGGGCAGCGCGGGCCCCGCGGGGCUCCCGGGGCCCCCUGGAGUUUGCAGUAAGGGCUUGCAAAGGAAGGGCCCCUGUGAGCGGCGCCGGCUGAAGGCGAUGGUGUCGGAGCAGCUGAGCCAGGACCUGCUCAGGCUUUUAAGGGAAGAAAUCCAUACAGAUGUUACUUUCUCUGUAGAUUGUACUUUGUUCAAAGUACACAAAGCAGUCCUUUUAGCAAGAGUUCCUGCCUUCUAUUUUCAUAUUGUUGGACAAACAUCAAAUAAUUUAAUAAAUCAUGAGCCUAUUCCUGUGAAGAAUGUUGAUGCUUCAGAAUUUAGAACAUUUUUACAGAUUACAUAUUCAUCAAAAAAAGACAUAAAAAACUAUGAAGAGGAAAUUCUUAGUAAAAUGACAAUGGAAAACGGGAGACCACAAAAGAAACUUGAUGUUGAUUUUCAAAAGUGUAAAAAUUCUUCCGAUUUUGUUCUUCAGAAGCAUGAAAAUCCAGAAGAUGUCAGUGAUAAUUAUAGCUUGGAACCUGCCUCUGAAUUAGGAGAAGAUUUAUUGAAGCUUUAUGUGCAACGUUGUUGUCCAGAUAUUGAUAUUUAUGUUGAUGGAAAAACUUUUCAAGUCCACAGGGCCAUUUUAAGUGCCAGAUCUAGUUAUUUUGCCGCAAUGUUGAGUGGUUGUUGGGCUGAAAGCUCCCAAGAGUACAUUACUCUUCAAGGUAUAAACCAUGUAGAAAUGAAUGUUAUGAUGCAUUUUAUCUAUGGAGGAAUUUUGGAUUUUCCGGACAAAACUAAUGUUAGUCAGAUACUCAGUAUUGCUGAUAUGUAUGGACUAGAAGGAUUAAAAGAAGUAGCAGUGUACAUUUUAAGAAGAGAUUACUGUAAUUUCUUUCAAAAGCCUGUUCCCAGAACGUUGGCAUCUGUGGUUGAAUGCCUACUUAUUGCUCAUUCAUUUGGAGUGGAAAAUCUUUUUGCUGACUGCAUGAAGUGGAUCGUAAUGCAUUUUGCAAGGUUUUGGUCUGAGAGAAGCUUUGCAAAUGUACCACCCGACAUUCAGAAAAGUUGUCUUAAUAUGGUGAUCCAGUCUCUAAAUAAUAAGAAUGCUGCUUUCCUCCUGAUGGAAAGCGACAGGCUGGUCAUCAGUUUACCCAGAGUGAAGUGGACAGAAGCGGCACUGACCAUGGCAUCUCAGCUCCAAGAAGCGUGCAUUGUGUUUAUUGUAGAGAACUUCUCCAAGAUCAUUCAGAGUGAAAACUUUACUCUUCUCCUACAGUCACAAGCAAUGAGCAGCACUGCUGAUCUGUUGGACAAAAUUUUAAAAGCAGUUGAGGAAAAUAUUACCACUGAAAAUAGUUGCUCUCUUCUUAUGGCUCUGGAUGCACUGUUGAACUGUGAAAGCACAAAGGAAAUGGGUUUUACGUGCAAGAUCCAGGCUCUGCGUGAUAAGCUGUGGAUCUUCCUGGUUCAGUCUUUCUAUGCUGUCCGACACACAGAAAGCUGGAAGCUGAUAAGCACAGAUGAUCAACAGAAAAUUCAAGCAGCUGCAUUUGACAAAGGUGAUGACCGAAGACUUGGCAAAAAGCCUAUCUUCAGUAGCUCUCAGCAAAGGAGACACAUUUCUGAUUCUGGUGUUUUAAAAAACAAAUCUUGGAGAGAAAAUAACAAGAAAGAGUGUUGGAGUUAUCUCUCUACUAAUCAAAAGAUGAAAUCAGAUGGAUUAGGAGCAUCUGGACAUUCAUCAAAUGCUAAUAGAAAUAGUAUAAAUAAAACUUUAAACCAUCAUGAUUUAAAGGAAAAGGAUGGUACAAAAAUAGCAUCAAAGGUUACAAAAGGAUUGAAAACUGGGGAAAAAAACAUUUCUGGAAAUUCCAAAACUGUAACAAAGCCCAAAACAGAAAAUAAUGAUAAUGCAAAGUUGGAAAACUUGUCACCGAAAGUUGUGGAAAGAACAGCAGCACCAGUUGGACAGAAAGAUUCAUUAAAUGGAAAAGGAGUAAGAAAUCAGGAAGGGCAAGUUGCAGGUGCCAGACCCAAGGUGCUCACUGGAAACCUAAAUGUGCAACCCAAAGUAAAGCCUUUAAAAAAAGUGACAGGUAAAGAUUCUCCAUGCCUCAGCAUCACAGGACCCUCCAGCAGAUCUGCGAGUUCAAGUAUGGAAUUACUAACUUCCACUGAAUGUCUGAAUGAACCAAAACAAAAUGGAUCAAUAGGAGAAGAGAAGUCUUCUGGUCAGAAGCUAUCCUUUUAUGAUUCUUCAGGACAGACAGUGAAAAACAGUGUAGAUGGUGUCAAAACUUCUUCUGUAGCAGUAAAAUCUCGGCCUAUUUCAAGAGUUACCAAUGGGACUGCCAAUAAAAAAAGCAUUCGUGAACAAGACAAUAAUAUAAAUAAUAGUAUACUAAAGAAAGUCAGUGGCAAAAGGUGUAGUGAUCCGGUACCACAGGCAGUUUUGAAGAAAAGAAGUAAUGGCAGUGGACAGCAAAGGACAAAGAGUGCCCCAUCUAAUCUUGCUAAAACUCAAGGAUCUGAAGGAGAGUCACCACAUUCAGUAAAAUCUUCAGUCUCUUCAAAACAGUCAGGUGAAAAUGUGACGAAGCUGGAGCACAGUAUAACUACAGAUAAACAAACAUCCAAGAGAAAAAUUGUUAAGCAAGGACAUAUAAAUACUCCUAAGGCUAAUACAAAACUGGUAUCAAUACCUAAAAACCUAAAUCAGCCAAAGAUGGGUGAAACUCUGAAUAAUAAAUAUUCAAAACAAAAAACGCUUACUGGACAAGUCAUACUGAAACCUCAGUCUUCGCAAAAACAUUUAAAAAGUGAAUCACCUGUUCCCCAAAAAAGUAUCCUUCAUGAUAUACCUGAUAAUAACAACAAAGACAGUGUUUCUGAACAAAAACCUCAUGGGUCUCUAGUUAAUCUCACAUCUGAAAUCAGUGAUACAGAAGCCUUCCAGUCAUCAUGUAGACCUGACCCACAAAAACUAUUAAGCAGUCAAGAAAAAGCUAAGUUGGUGUCAGAAUGCCAAAAUAUUUCGAAGCUGGAUAAAUCAAUGAAACAUGAACUGAAAGUAAAGCAGAUUUGUUCAGAUAAAAAUGAAACCAAAUUUCCCAGUCACAAAGACAUAAAUCAUUGCAAUGCAACUAAAACAUACAGCCAUUCUGGUGGGAGUGAUACAGAUUCAAAGUUUUAUAGCAUCACUGCUCUAAAAUCCACAGUUUCGAAUAUAAAUGAAAACUCCUUAAACUCUAAUCCAGUUUGUGAUUUAGAUUCAACAAACGCAAAGCAAAUUCAUUUAAUAUCAGAUAGAGAGAAACAAGCAGAGAAAAAAGAUACAAACAAAAAAUCGAACUUGGAAUGUAUGAAAGAAGCUUUAUCUUGUGUUCCUGAAAGGACAAAUGAUACCUUAAAUUCUGUUCAGGAUGACAGAAAAUCUAAAAUUCAUAUAGGAGAAACGACAAUUCCUAAUCAAUUGUUUGAUGACUCUGCUGUGAAGGAAGACAAACAUGCUGCCACCGAUUCAAAACAACUGUCAGGAAAAACUUUUGCUAAAAAUAUGGAAAAGUCAGAAACUCCAGAGAACCUUGACACUCUAGAAGUCCCAUUCACAGGUGCCUGGAAUUUGAAUACCAGCAUGCUGCCUGCAGGAGAGAGUCCUGAGUCCGACACCGGCAGCGCUACCACAUCCUCCGAUGACAUAAAGCCUAGAUCUGAAGACUAUGAUGCCGGAGGGUCCCAGGAUGAUGACGGGUCAAACGACAGAGGUGUUUCUAAAUGUGGCACCGUGCUGUGCCGUGACUUUGUUGGAAGAAGUAGCAGCGAUACCAGUACUCCUGAAGAAUUAAAAAUAUAUGAUAGUAAUUUAAGAAUAGAAGUAAAACUGAAAAAGCAAAGUAAUCAUGAUCUUUUCCAAGUUAAUUCAACAAGUGAUGAUGAGAUUCCUAGGAAAAGGCCAGAAAUUUGGUCACGAUCUACAGUAGUCCGCCCUAGAGAGAAAGAAAACAUUCCGCGAGGCACUAUCCAGUUUACUCAGGAAAUAGAUCAGGUUUCUUCUUCAGCAGAUGAAACAGAAGAUGAAAGAUCUGAAGCUGAAAAUGCUGUAGAAAAUUUCUCUGUGAUUAAUCCAUCUCCUCAGCAGUUUCAGGGAAUAAUUAACCUAGCUUUUGAAGAUGGAACCGAAAAUGAAAGUCGUGAAUUUUCUGCAACUAAAAAGUUUAAAAGAUCAGUUUUACUUUCAGUUGAUGAGUGUGAAGAACUGGGAUCUGAUGAAGGGGAAGUUCAUGCUCCCUUUCAGCCUUCUGUAGAUUGUUUUUCACCUUCUGAUGUUUUUGAUGGUGUUUCUCAUGAACAUCAUGAAAGGACCUAUUAUCCAAGAUUUCCCCAAGGAAGUGAAGAUAGUAUUUUAAAAUGUAAACAACAAGGUAAAGGCAAUAGUACAUAUAAAACUGAAAGCACUCCCGUGGGUCUUAGUAGCAUUGACUCUUCAAGAAAAGAUAAACAGAACACUACAGCCACAGACAAAAAGAACACAUUAGAUGUCCUAUCCAAAAGAGACGGACAACUUUUUCUAGAAGAUGAAAAAGUACACAGUGGAAGAGAUAUGGAUAAUGACUUUCAGCAGUGCAACAAAUUCAUGGAUAGUGAUAUAAAAUCUCAAGGAAGACCGUGUCAUUUGGCGCUUCAUCAAAGAGAACCCAAUUCUGAGAUACCAAAGAACACCUCUGCAAAAUCUCUAGACUCCCUUCAGAGUCACAUUCUUCCUCAGGAAGGUCAAGUGAGAGAAAGCCAUUCUACAGCUACUGAGAAAGCUAAUAUUGCUUUAUCUGCAGGAGACAUAGAUGAUUGUGACACACUGGCACAAACCCGCAUGUAUGACCAUCGACCUUCAAAAACCCUCUCUCCAAUAUAUGAGAUGGAUCUAACAGAAGCAUUUGAGCAGAAAAUGGAAUCUGAAACACAUGUAACAGAUACGGAUUUUGAAGAUAGUCAACACUUUGCAAAACAAGAUUGGACACUACUAAAGCAGCUGCUCUCUGAACAGGAUUCAAACUUAAAUUUUACAAAUUCUCUUCCUGAAGACCUAAAUUUGGCACAGUAUUUAAUCAAUCAAACUCUCCUUUUAGCACGAGACAGCUCAAAACCUCAGGGUAUAGCACAUGUUGACACUUUGAACAGAUGGAGUGAACUAUCAUCUCCACUUGAUAAUUCCUCACCAAGUAUUACCAUGGCUAGUUUUUCCUCUGAAGAUUGUUCACCUCAAGGAGAAUGGACAAUUCUGGAGCUAGAAACUCAGCAUUAAAAGUCUUAACAAUUUGGAAAAUUUAAACUGUGCCAUCCCUAUAUUUUUUGAUGUCUAUAUUAUAUCUAAAUUAUAAUUGCAGUAGACAGAUAUAAACUGACCUUAAUACUGAGGAAGUUUUCCAGUUUAUUGAGGUAGACAUAGUUUAUUAAUAUGAUGUCACAUGUAGAAAAAGUGUUUUUCUAAAGUUUUUGAGCAUGUUUUCUAUAAUUAUUAGAAAAAUUAGAAGAUUCAUGAGGAAACCCUUACCUCAGUUUUCCUUUCCUCCCUGAUCAUUUGUUCACUUAUUAUUCAAGAAUUUAAAGUAGGAAUGCACAAGUAAAUCAUUCCCUCUACCCCCUUUUGCUCUGCAUAUGGUACCCUAGUAAUUUAACAAUAAAAAACUUGGUAUGCUUGUG